AUCCCCUCCAAAUUCCCUCUCUCCUAUUCCCCCACUCAACAAGUUCAAAGACUUCUACUUGGUCUUCGUCUUCUUCUAAUCCCAUCUCUCCCAUUCCCCCACUCAACAAGUUCAAAGACUUCCACUUGGUCGUCUUCGUCUAAUUACGUCGGCUUCUUUGUCAACAAUCACACCAAAAAAGCUCGAAAUUUGAUGCUCUGAAAAAUCGUUACUCCCACUAUUAAGUCUAUAAUUCGAUGCCGCACUCGUCUGGAAUUGGCAGACACUUCUCUGAGAUGUCAAUUGAUCAACUCUUCUUCAAGAAAGGACGCUCUGUCACCUCCUCUCCUAUCUUUCUCUUCUUGUUCUUCUUCAUCUUCUUCUUCUUCCUCGCCUUCAUAUCUUCCUUUCGGUUUUACUCUUCUCUGUUUUCGAUUGAGAAUUCACCGAAUGAAACCAUUGUCAUAUCACAGAAGCAACACCCCAUUAAGAGAAUCGAAUACCCACUAAGCUGCACAAAUACAAGUUCAAACCAAACACAGUCCUGCCCCACCAACUACUACCCGAAUUCAUUCCAUCCAGGGCCCCAUGACCCGCCCGUAUGCCCGGACUACUUCCGCCAAAUCUACGAGGACUUAAAACCCUGGAAAGUCACCGGAAUUGACAGAGACAUGGUGGAGAGAGCCAAAAGGACAGCGCACUUUCGAUUGGUGAUUGUCAAGGGAAAGGCGUAUGUCGUGAAGUACAAGAAAUCGAUACAGACGAGAGAUUUGUUCACAAUUUGGGGAUUAUUGCAGCUCCUGAGACAGUACCCGGGAAAAUUACCGGAUCUGGAUUUGAUGUUUGACUGCGACGAUCUCCCGGUUGUACAAUCGAAAGACCACCUGCAUUUUUGGCAGCCGAGGCCACCACCGUUGUUUCGGUACUGCGGUGACAGGUGGACCAUGGACAUUGUCUUUCCCGAUUGGUCCUUCUGGGGAUGGGCUGAAAUAAACAUAAAGCCAUGGGACAGUAUAUUGAAAGAAAUUAAAGAUGGAAACAACAGGACCAAAUGGAUGGACAGAGAACCAUAUGCCUACUGGAAGGGAAACCCUUUUGUGGCUAGACCCAGACAGGAUCUCCUCACUUGUAAUGUCUCCGACAAGCACGACUGGAAUGCUCGGCUUUAUAUCCAAGACUGGAUCAAGGAAGGCAAUGAAGGAUUUAGGCAAUCAAACCUAGCAAAUCAAUGCACUCACAGGUACAAGAUCUACAUUGAAGGGUAUGCAUGGUCUGUAAGUGAAAAGUACAUACUAGCUUGUGAUUCUGUAACAUUGAUGGUAAAACCACGUUUCUAUGAUUUCUUCACAAGAAGUCUACAACCAGUUCAACACUACUGGCCUAUAAACGACCAGGACAAGUGCAAGUCCAUUUAUUUUGCCGUAGAUUGGGGCGAAAAACACAAACAAAAGGCGCAAGCGAUUGCAAAGGCGGCUGGCGAGUUCACGCAGGAGGAGCUAAAGAUGGAGUAUGUGUAUGACUACAUGUUUCAUUUGUUGAAUGAGUACGCUAAGCUUUUGAGGUACAAGCCUGAAAUCCCUGAAGGGGCUGUGGAGAUGUGUUCGGAGACCAUGGCAUGCCCCGCGGAAGGGCGAGAGAGGGAGUUCAUGAUGGAGUCAUUGGUGAAGAGCCCUUCUAAUAGAAGUCCAUGUACUCUGCCUCCACCUUAUAAACCAAAAGUUCUUGAGGCGUUUUAUCGGGGGAAGAUGAAUGCAAUACAGCAAGUAGAGCAGUGGGAGAAGGAGUAUUGGAAAAAUAUCAAUAAAUCAUCAGUUGUAGGUAGCUAGUUAGUAUAAUAUAUAUAUAUAUAUAUAUAU